UAAUUCUGCUGCUGCUGCUUCUACCAUUCUACUGCUGAUCAAUCCCGUGGCAGGAGGCUGAACGGAGGAGAGAGGGGCUGCAUAUUGAAUAGCAGCUGUAGCUGCAAGGGAGGCUGUGACAGAGGAGAGCAGAAGACGGGAUUUACAAGCAAAUAAAAUAAACGCAUUACCCAGGAUUGAGGGGGCUUGCUUGCUUUCUUUCUGUUUUUUUUUUUUUUUUUUUUCUCUUGAUUUCCAGUUAAGGGAGGGAGGUCAGUACCACUGUGUUUUGCAGAGGCUUUUAAAUGGUUCCUUCCGUGCAGGAGGGAUGCUUGGGGCUAAUUUGAAAAGCAGAGAUUGCAAGGCAACCCCCAGCCAAGAGGAUCACACCAAGGCUUACAGCAAACCGGAGGGGAAAGGUGUCAGCAUGGCGGCCAAAAGAGGCAAGCCGGUCCCCCAGCAAGGCGGCCCGCGGGCCGAGCUGAGGGUGUUCCGGGCGGGAAGCACCGAAGCCCGGCUGCCUGUCUCCUCCAAUCUCCGCAAGCAGAAGUCCCUCACCAACCUGUCCUUUCUGACCGACACGGAAAAAAAGAUGCAUCUCUACGAGCCCAAGUGGUGCGACGACAUGGGCAAGCCGUCCAGCGGGCACCUCAAAGGGGGGCUCAAACCUAAGGAAGGCAGCGGACAGCCGCCACUUUCCAGGAACCUCUCCAAAUCGGAGCACUCCCUCUUCCAGAGCAAGCUGGCACCAAGCCUGGCAGGGGGCUCCCCCAAGCCCUUCAGCCCCCUGGCUGCGCCUUCCAACCUGGGCAAGCCCAGCCGUAUACCCAGAGGUCCCUACGCGGAGGUCAAGCCCAUCAGCAAGGCUCCGGAGGCUGCAGAGGACAGCAAGUCAGACGAUGAGAUCCUCUCCGCCAAGGCCAAGGCAAAUAGCAAGAAACAAGCGCCCCCCGGGGCUCCCACUGGAGAGGACAACAAGCCCUACCUAAAGGUGGACCCUGAGCUGGUAGUGACUGUGCUGGGUGAUUUGGAACAGCUACUGUUCAGUCAAAUGCUGGACCCGGAGUCUCAGAGGAAGCGCACUGUACAGAAUGUUCUGGAUCUGAGGCAGAACCUGGAGGAUACCAUGUCCAGCUUGCGGGGGGCACAGCUGUCUCACAGCUGCCUGGAGAACAGUGUGUGCUACGACAGCGAUGAGGCGAACCCUCUCAGCAUGUCCAGCAUGUCCAAUCGCUCGUCACCCCUGUCCUGGCGCUACGGCCAGUCGAGCCCACGGCUGCAGGCAGGAGACGCCCCCUCCUCGGCAGGGGGGUACCAUGGGCAGGGUGCCCAGUACGGGGCGCACACCAUGCCCAUGCGCAGCCCCAGCAGGCUGACCCACAUCUCCAGGCUGGACCUCAUCGAGGGUCUGGACCCAGACGACGCAGACCUGAAAUCAGGAUACAUGAGCGACAGCGACCUUCUGGGCAAGUGUAUGCAGGAGGACGAGGACGACGACCUCACUAACGGCUGGGAUGAGAGCAGCUCUAUCAGCAGUGGUCUCAGCGACGCCUCGGACAAUCUCAGCUCUGAAGAGUUCAACGCCAGCUCCUCGCUCAACUCCUUGCCCACCACGCCCACCGGCUCGCACCACAACUCUGCCAUCGUGCUGCGCACGGACGCAGAGAAGCGCUCGCUGGUGGAAAGCGGGCUCUCCUGGUACAGCGAGGAGGGCAAAGGGCACUGCAAAGCCGACGGCGAGGGCUACGACACGGGCAGCCUGAAGGCAGAGACGCCCAGCCGCUGGAGGAAGGUGCGGCCCGAAGCCGGGAGCGAGGAGGCGGCCAAGCCAGAGUUGAAGAAGCCCACCAGCCUGUGCCAGCCCAGCGCCCUCAAGAAGGGCAAGAACACCCCCAUCGGGGUCACCUCCCCCAUCACACACGCCUCCCAGAGCACCCUCCGAGUGGCCGGGAAGUGUGACCAGAAGGCGGUGGACAAGGUCAAAAUGGCAGUGAAGGGGACGAGCCUGCAGAGGUCCUGCUCGGACGCAGGGAAGGACCGGGGAGAGACCAGGAAGCCCCCCUCCGGAAUCGUGCGGCCCUCUGCAGGAGGCUCGUUCGGCUACAAGAAAAGCACGGGCACAGCGACGGUCAUGAGUGCCGGGGGAGCGGCCGUGUCCAGCGGCUCGGCCACCGUGGGCAAGGCUCCCAAAACCUCCGGCAUCCCCGUGAAGCCAGCGGCUGGGGGGAGCAGCGGGGGCGCGGGGCGCAAGACCAGCCUGGACGUGUCCGAGGGGUUCUUGUCUCCCAACGCCCGAAACAACAUUCAGUACCGCAGCCUGCCGCGCCCGUCCAAGUCCAGCUGCAUGAGUGUCACGGGGAGCAGGGCCGGCGCUCGCCCCGUCAGCAGCAGCAUCGACACCAGCCUGCUAAGCACCAAGCCCAGCGCCGGCCUCUCCCGUCUCAAGGAGCCCGGCUCUGCCAAGACCAGCAGCCGUGCCAGCCUGGGCCCGGUCAACCAGACGGACCGCGAGAAGGAGAAGGCCAAGGCCAAGGCAGUGGCUUCAGACUCUGAGUGCGGGCCUCUCAAACCGGCACCAGAGCCCGGCUCCAAACUGCAGGGCCUGCGCCCUCUGAGUGGGACCAAGUCCUCUGAGCUCUCCUCACCCACCACGCACAGGGUGCUGAGCUCCAAGACCCUCGGAAAGCCGCCCAGCCUGGCUCACCUGGACAAGGUGAGCUCCAGCAGCCUGGACUCGGACAUGUGCAUCCCAGACCACCCCCCUGGGGCUCCCCCCCUCAGCAAGCUCCAGGACCUGCCGGCCUCCCCCAGCCCCUGUCUGACCCCCAGCCCUGCUCCCAUCCUCAAUGUCAACUCCAACAGCUGCUUCAGCGCGCAGGGCCUGGGCCUGGGGCUGGGCUCCUCGCCCCUGCUCUACCCCAAGCUGUCCGGACUGCACCGCAGCAUGGAGUCCCUGCCUCUCCACAUGAGCGUGCCAGCGGCCCCUAGCUACCCCGGGGCUGAGCCCAGAGAGAGGGAGGGGGAGCGGGGCAUGCUGGGCUGGAGCCCCGGGGUUCGCUCCUCGCUCGUUGAAAGUUCUCAAAGGGACAGGAACACUCUGCCCAAGAAGGGACUGAGCCGCUAUAGCUCCUACCAGUCUGAAGAGGACGCUAAAGAGCGCCGGCACUCCCACACCAUCGGAGGCCUGCCCGAGAUGGAGUGCCCACCCCAGCUGCCGUCUCCCUCCUCCGUGUCCCUGAGCUCCACAGGCAAGGGGCCCUUCGCCAGCCUCGUGAGCUCCAGCACCCCUCGCAUCACUCGCUCCAACAGCAUCCCCGCCCACGAUGCCGCCUUCGAGCUGUACGGAGGGGCCUCUCAGGUGGGCAGCACCCUCUCCCUGGCAGAGCGACCCAAAGGCAUGACCCGCUCCGGCUCCUUCCGGGACCCUGUGGACGACGUCCACGGCUCUGUGCUCUCCCUGGCAUCCAGUGCUUCAUCCACCUACUCCUCGGCUGAGGAGAGGAUGCAAGGAGAGCAAAUCCGUAAACUGCGGAGAGAGCUCGAGUCUUCCCAGGAGAAGGUGGCCUCCCUGACCAAUCAGCUGUCUGCAAACUAUGGACAGGCAAACUUGGUGGCAGCAUUUGAGCAGAGCCUGGUCAACAUGACGUCUCGGCUGCAGAGUCUGUCUGUCUGCUCGGAGCAGAAGGACUCUGAGUUAUCUGACUUGCGGGAGACCAUCGAGGUGAUGAAGACCAAGAACGUGGAGGCCCAGGCAGUGAUCCAUGUGGCUCUCAAUAACCCUGACACCACACCCAAAGAGCUGCGGAUAAAGCGUCAGAACUCCUCGGACAGCAUCUCCAGCCUCAACAGCAUCACCAGCCACUCCAGCAUCGGCAGCUGCAAGGACAGCGACGCCAAGAAGAAGAAGAAGAAGAGCUGGCUGAGAAGCUCCUUCAACAAGGCCUUCAGCAUCAAGAAGGGUCCCAAGUCAGCCUCUUCGUACUCGGACAUCGAGGAGAUCGCUACCCCUGACUCGUCCGCGCCCUCCUCCCCGAAGCUCUCCCACGAGGGGGCCGACAACCCCCCGCUGUCCCUGAAAUCCUCCACCUCCGCCUCCUCCUCGGUGAUCUUCGAAGGGAACGAGGAGCCUGAGUCGGAGGACAAGGGGGUAUCGGAGCUGCGCUCGGAAUUGUGGCAGAAGGAGAUGAAGCUGACGGACAUUCGACUGGAGGCACUAAACUCCGCUCACCAGCUGGAGCAGCUGAGAGAGGCGAUGAACAGCAUGCAGAUGACUGUAGAGAGUCUCAAGGCUGAAAACGACCAGCUGAAGACAGGAACAGGACCGAACACAAGCCCCGCCCCUGCCUCCUCAAUCUCCCAACCACAGGGCUUGAGCUCCCUGCUGAGCGCGUCGCCACGGCAGUCCAUGGCCCUGUCCCUCACGCAGUCCUUCACCCUGAGCCUCAACGAGUGCACGGACACGGAUUUGUCUCCCAUGGAUGUGAUGAGUAUUUCCUCUCAGAAAGAAGAUAACAGUCGGCUUCGUAUCCUUGUCCGUGUUUCUGACCAGGGCGUUUUCAAUGACGAUAUCAAACAGCAGGAUUUCUUCAUCGGUUCGGUGAAGGUCAAUGCUAAAACAGAGUGGGACACGCUGGAUGCUGCUGUCUGCCAGACCUUCAAGGAAUACAUUGCAAAGGUAGACCCUGCCUCCAGCCUGGGCCUGUCCCCUGACUCCAUCUACUGCUACAGCAUCAGCCAGGGCAGGAGGGUGCUGGGGGCAGAGUCCCCCGAACUCUUGCCGUCCCGAUACAUGGGCAAAGGCACCGGCUGCAUCGCCGUCACGCUGAAAGGUCUGAAGGAGAAGUGCGUGGACAGCCUGGUGUUCGAGACCCUUAUUCCCAAGCCCAUGAUGCAACACUACAUCAGUCUGCUCCUGAAGCACCGGCGGCUCAUCCUGUCCGGCCCCAGCGGCACGGGCAAGACCUACCUCACCUGCAGGCUGGCAGAGUACCUGGUGGAGCGCUCCGGGCGCAGUGGCACAGAGGACAUCGCCAUCACCUACAACAUGCAUGAGCAGUCCUGCAAGGACCUGCAGCUGUUCCUGUCUAAUCUGGCCAAUCAGAUUGAUCGAGAGACCAGCUCCGGGGAGGUCCCAUUGGUUAUCAUCCUUGAUGACAUCAGCGAUUCGGGGUCCAUCAGCGAGCUGGUCAAUGGAGCGCUUACCUGCAAAUAUCACAAAUGCCCCUACAUCAUUGGAACAACUAACCAGCCGGUGAAAAUGACACCCAACCACGGCCUGCACCUCAGCUUCAGGAUGGUGACCUUCUCCAACAACGUGGAGCCUGCCAACGGGUUCCUGGUGCGCUACCUGCACCGCAAGCUGAUGGAAACGGAGAGCGACUGCGCUGCCAACAACGAGGACCUACUGCGGGUGCUGGACUGGGUGCCCAAGCUGUGGUACCACCUGCACGCCUUCCUGGAGAAGCACAGCACCUCCGACUUCCUGAUCGGCCCUUGCUUCUUCUUGUCCUGCCCGGUGACAGUGGAGGAAUUCCGCUGCUGGUUCAUUGAGCUCUGGAAUCACUCCAUCAUCCCCUACCUGCAGGAGGGGGCAAAGGAUGGCAUCAAGGUGCACGGUCAGAAGGCAGUGUGGGAGGACCCCGUGGAGUGGGUAAGGGGCACCCUGCCCUGGCCCUCUGCUCAGCAGGACCAGGCCAAGCUGUUCCACCUGCCACCGCCCAGCGUGGUGCCGAUUGGGGCGGGGCAGCCCAGUGAGGAACGGGCCACGAAGGAGACCACGCCCAGCUCCCUGGACUCCGAUCCCCUGAUGGCCAUGCUGUUGAAGCUGCAGGAAGCAGCCAAUUACAUUGAAUCUCCAGACAGGGAGUCAGUCCUGGACCCCAACUUCCAGUCAACACAUUGAAAAACCACAAGGAGACGAAAGACUUGCAGCUCCGAUGGCUCGUGCUGUUAUCCCAGUUUUUUUUUCCGCGGUUUGGAGUCAGCAGUGAGCCUGCUGGCUACAGAAAUGUCUCUAUAUCUGCGCUUUAGUAACACAAGUGGUAGGUACAGAAUCUGCGCUGUAGCUACUAGAACCACAAUAGGAAGAUUUCAAAUAAUCCACCUGGAAAGGAACAUAAAACAAGGAAGAACUGAAA